AGACUCACGCGUUUCGUCUUAUCUCAUCUUUUUCUUCGUGCACAGUUGUUUAUCUAUUUGUUCCAACGCUCGUGUGCGCGAACCGGUACAAUGUGCGUCUUGCACCGUUUACGACUCGAUUCACCUCAGUUAAUGCAGUUCAUGGCAUAUUCUAGAUCGUUGCUUCGACUUCUCGGGCUGCUCUUUUCAGUUUUCAGGUUACCGAAGACCGAAGAUUUGCCUUGGCAAAUAUCGUAAAUAAUACCCCGAAAGUAUUUUAAAACAUUAACAUGGCUGUGCCUGGAUCUGCUGUGGACUCACUACAUGCUGCACUAAAAAGUAAUAUUAUCCCUAACCAAGAAUACCUUCUCCAAGGAUCUGUUCUGGAUCAAUAUGUCGAGGUUCUCCUUCAUAGAUUACGAGGUUUAUGCGACAACGUUGAUGCUGGCCCGGAGAGCUUCCACGAUCAGGAAUUAUGUUUUACUUUAAGAGGAAACACACCAGCUGUGGCAACAAUGGUGCUUCCUCUAAGAGUUCGUAGAGCUCUGGAUGUCACAGAUGCACCUUGGCAACUGAGAUAUGUUGGACAACAUGAGCUGGGUGAUAAAAAUCGACCCACUGUAGUCCGGUCCAGCAUUGAUAUGGCUUGUAGUUCCACUGUGGUUGAGUUCCUGACUGAAUUGGGUUGCAGAAUUGAUUUUGAGUACAUUUCAAGAGGAUACAUGUUCAGGAAGGGAAGGAUGAAGAUUACAGUUAGUAAGGUUUUCAAGAAGAUUGGAGAUACUAAUGUGGAGGCAAUCAGUCAGAGUUAUCUGGUGGAGUUGUCUGUGCUUGCACCAUCAAAUCAGGAUGCUGUUGCUGAAGAAAUGAGGAUCUUUGCUGAACAACUUAGACCACUGGUGCAGUUGGAGAAAAUAGACUAUAAAAGACUAGGAAAUAUGCCCUAGAAUUAGUUUUAAGUCAUAAAAUUAAUCUAAUUUUAAGAUAUCAAUACUAAUAUUUAAGAAAUUAAAUUAUAACUUAAUAUUUUACAAAGGAAAUACUUUGCUUUUGUUGUCUGUACUUGUAAAUAAUCCAUUGUGAACACUUGAGCUUCCAGGUGACAAAUAUUUUAUCUAUUUUGUUGAUAAUAGUUUGAAGUUUGUAAUCAUUUUACAAGAUUAGAUUAUAGUUAUAUAUAUAUAAAUGAUUUUUGGAAAAA